AUGGAAACGCAGAAGGGUGAACAGCCAUCUGUCGAGAAGCCUGUGAAGAAGAGGAGCGAUGGCUCGAAGAAGCCCCAGGCCACAUUGCCUUCUAGUAAACGGGUGAAGUCUACCUCUGAUGAACGCCUCCUACACCGCCCAAAAGCCCAGGUCACAUUACCUCCGGCUGUGGAAGAAACGGAGCCGCUCCAGAAGCUGUACAAUCUCCUGGAAGCCAAGGAGUUUAAGACACGGAUGGAAGGAGUGGCACUCCUCCUAGACCUGUGCAAAAGCAGCCCCCAGCUCGUCUCCACUAACACUGUCCAAAUUUUUGAUUAUUUUGUCCCGAGACUUGGUGAUACGCACAAGAAAGUGAAGCAGAAGGCGCUGGACGUGCUGGCUGAAAUCAUAGGCAUCCUGAAAGAUGGCUUAAACCCGGUGAUCAUCUGUUUGGUUGAAGGAAUAACAAACAACCUAAACUCAAAGGACCCCGGGGUUUAUGCCGCAGCUGUGAAAGCGCUGGAAGAAUCCAUGGCUCACUUAGAUAAAGUAUCCCUGAUGAAAGAGUUCAGCCACCGCAGGAGUGAACUGAAGGGCCAAGCUCUGCUGGAUGUCACGGAGCAUCUCUCAGGUAUGGCCUCCCCUUCUAAGGCAAGAGGUCUUCCGAGGCAGAAUUUACAGGGAAUGCCAGUGAAUAGACACUAGAGUGGCUCCUCCAAAUCAGGAGGUGCUGAGCUUGUCCCUCCUGCCCAAUACCCAUGGAAGGUGUAUUGGGCAGGUUUUCCCUGGCUGCUGCAGAGGUGUGCAGCAUCUGAGAUGGGGGCGGCACUCGGCCUCGGGGCUGAGCUCUC